AUGGCGCCGUCCAAAGCCAGCCAUGCCGACCCCCCGAGAGAGGCCAACGAGGAGGGCCUCGAUGACUUCCAGAGCCCUGACAAGGCCAUCGACUUCGCGAUUGGCACUAUUGAGGAGCAGUUCGACAUUGACUCGGACAACUCGCCGUGCCCGGAAGUCCGCGCCAACGUUCCCAACGUCGACGACCCGUCCAUGCCCGUCAACACGCUGCGCAUGUGGGCCAUUGGCAUUCUCUUCACCAUCGUCGGCACCGGCAUCAACCAGUUCUUCUCCAUGCGGUACCCCAGCGUCAGCAUCUCGUCGCUGGUGGCCCAGCUCGUCGCGUUCCCCAUCGGCCGCGCCGUAGCCCAUCUGCUGCCCAUCAUGAAAGUGCGCUUCUUCGGGCGAGACAUCGUGCUCAACCCGGACCACUACUUCAACAUUAAGGAGCACGCCGUCAUCACCAUCAUGUCCAACCUCUCCUUCGGCCCGUCGUGGGCCACCGACAUCAUCCAGGCGCAAAAGGCCACGGCGUUCUACGCGCUGGACACGCCCAUCGGCUACCAGUUCCUCCUUGCGCUGACGAUGCAGCUCUUUGGCCUCGGGUUGGCCGGACUGGCGUACAGGUUCAUCGUGGAGCCGCCGCACAUGAUUUGGCCGUCGACGCUUGCCAACGCUGCGCUUUUCCAGACGCUGCACAGCAAGGCGAAUCCCAGUGCGGAUGGGUGGAACAUUUCCCGAUAUCGUUUCUUCGUAUACGUCUUUGUGGGCGCCUGGGUUUGGUACUGGCUCCCUGGGUUUCUCUUUACGGGACUCAGCACUUUUGCCUUUAUCUGUUGGGCAGCACCAAACAACAAAAUCGUCAAUAAUCUCUUCGGCAUGACCACCGGGCUGGCCUAUCUCCCUGUCACCUUCGACUGGUCCCAAAUAGCUUACAACGGCUCCCCGCUGGUGGUCCCCUUCUGGGCUCAAGCAAAUGUCUUUGCAGGCUGGGUCAUCGUCUUCGCCGUCGUCACGCCCAUCCUGUACUACACCAACACCUGGAACACGGCGUACCUCCCCUUCUCCGGAGCCGACACGUACGACAACACGGGCAGCAUCUACAACGCCACGCGCGUCGUCGACAAGCACGGCAACUUCCUGGUGGACGAGUACCGCAAGUACAGCCCCAUCUUCAUGCCCGUCACCUUCGCUCUGAGCUACGGCAUCUCCUUCGCCGUCAUGAGCUGCGUGCCCACGUACAUCUUCCUCAACCACUGGAGGGAGAUUAUUGGCGCCUUUAACCCGAGCCGCAAGAAGGACAUUCACGCCCGCAUGAUUGAGCGGUACAAGGACAUUCCCUGGUGGUGGUAUGCUCUUCUGAGCGCUGUGGUUUUCGGCCUCACCAUCAUGGUGCAGGAGGUAUACCACACGCAGAUGCCCGCCUGGGGCGUGGUGAUCGCCUUCGGACUGGCACUGUUCUACCUCAUUCCCACCGGCAGCGUGUUCGCCGUCGCCAACCUCAACAGCAACGUGCUGACGGUCCUCGGCGAGAUCAUCUCCGGCUACCUCAUCCCAGGCAAACCCAUCGUCAUGCUCAUCUUCAAGUUCUACGCCUACACCGGCCUCAGCCAAGCCAUGAUCUUCGCCUCGGACAUGAAGCUGGGCCUGUACAUGAAGAUCCCGCGGCGGACGCUGUUCGCCGCGCAGUUGACGUCGUGUGUCGUCGGUUCGCUGACGCAGAACGCCGUAGUCCUCUGGAUGCUCCACCACGUCGACGACAUCUGCGAGACAGACCAGGCCAACGGCUACACCUGUCCUCAAGGGCGAGUGAACUUCUCGUCCAGCGUCGUAUGGGGAGCCGUCGGUCCCGCGCGGCUGUACAGCAUCGGCAAGAUCUACUCCGGGCUGCUGCAUCUAUUCUGGCUGGGUGCGCUGCUGCCCGUCGUGACGUUUUUUCUCAAGAGGAGGUUCCCGGAUAACAAGUACCUGGCUUACUUGCAUUGGCCGCUGUUCUUUGCGGGAACGGGCAACGUGCCCCCUGCAACAGGUCUCAACUACACGUCCGCCUUUGCAGUUUCGUUUAUUUUUAAUAAAUGGAUCAAGAGCAAGUACCCUCAUUGGUGGGCCAAGUACAACUACGUUCUCUCGGCCGCUCUUGAUUCCGGCCUUGCCAUCUCCGCCAUCGUCAUCUUCUUUGCUUUGGUGUUCCCAGGGGUUAGCCUAAGUUGGUGGGGUAACAACGUCCAGGGAACCACUGUUGACGGUCAAGGCAUUCCUCUCAAGGCCCUCCCUGAGAACGGCACGUUUGGUCCGGCAACUUGGUCGUGA